UUGGGAGGAUCGCAUGAGUCAACAAAAGAUGGCAUUAGAACGGUUACCGAUAUCAUUUCGGACGAUACCGGAAAAUAUAAGGUGGUUACAACAUUCAAAGUUGUUUCCAAAAAGGUACCACGACGAAUAGCAGAACGGAAAAAGUGGAAAAAAUUUGGCCAAUGCAAAAAUGAUGGUCCAGGGCCCCACGUGUCCACGACCUAUGUUGCCGAAGAAGUACUGAUGCAGUUUAUCCGAAAUCGUGCUGGUGAAUCGGAUGACCACUGGUCGGUGAGUUGUCCGUAUAAGUCGAUGUAUGCGAAAGAUGACGACGACGAUGCAGAAAACAAAGAGAAGGACACCAAACUCGGACCGUCGGUUCCUGGCUCAGGGAAAUAUGUGGCACCGGGAAUGCGUGGCGAUCGACCAGCACUUACCGGCGGCCCAGAAAGGAGAUCGGAAGAAAACACAUGCCGAGUUACGAACUUACCUGAGGAAUGUGACGAACAGGAAUUGCGUGCACUGUUCAGUACAGUGGGAACAGUGAAUCGGGUGUUCAUUGCGAAAGACAAGCACACCAACAAGCCAAAGGGAUUUGCCUUCGUCACAUUCGAUCAUCGCAGUCAAACAGAGGCUGCGAUACAGAAACUGAACGGAUACAAGCUCGACCAUCUCGUGCUCAAAGUCGAGUGGACAAGACCGAACAACUAA